GCAGCAGCAGAUUCAGACAGACUUCAUCCGCUCGCCUCAGGAAGAGAAUUCAGCCAUCUCUCAGAUCACUACAAAUAUCAGUCUCUAAAUCCAGAAAUCACAUUAAGCUUUGGAGGAAUACCGCGAUCAACGGGAACAGAGACAAAGUGGAAGGAAAGAGCAUCUCGAUAAGUUUAAUUGAUGACAUCCAUUGGAUACAAAACAUCUUGAAAUAGGGAAUGGACUAAUUGACGGGGGAUGGUCGGUCUUGCAUCAUAAGGAAAGUCGCCUUGCCCACCUGACACAUGAGGACAGCUCAUUGUACAGGGAUCAUGAGGGCUGUGCUUUAGUGAGAUAUCAAAGGGUUCCGGUAAUGUGCCAUGGGGUACGACGUCACCAGGUUCCAAGGAGAGGUGGACGAGGAUCUGUUAUGUCCCAUCUGCAGCGGGGUGCUGGAGGAGCCAGUGCAGGCCCCGCACUGUGAGCACGCCUUCUGUAAUGCCUGCAUCACACAGUGGUUUGCACAGCAGCAGAUCUGCCCCGUGGACCGCACCGUCGUGACCCUUGCCCACCUUCGACCCGUCCCCCGCAUCAUGCGUAACAUGCUUUCCAAGCUGCAGAUCUCCUGUGAUAACGCCGGCUUCGGCUGCACGGCCACCCUUCGGCUCGACCAGCUGCAGUCACACCUCAAGGACUGCGAGCACAACCCCAAACGACCCGUCACAUGUGAGGAAGGUUGCGGGCUAGAAAUGCCCAAAGAUGAGAUGCCAAAUCACAACUGUAUUAAGCAUCUACGCAGUGUGGUGCAGCAACAGCAGACCAAGAUUGCAGAUCUGGAGAAGACUGCCGCUGAGCACAAGCACCAACUUGCAGAACAGAAACGUGAUAUCCAGCUCCUGAAAGCUUACAUGCGAGCAAUACGCAGCGCUAACCCUAACCUACAGAACCUGGAGGAGAGCAUAGAGUACAAUGAGAUCCUGGAAUGGGUGAACUCUCUCCAGCCUGCUCGCGUGACCCGCUGGGGAGGAAUGAUCUCUACACCUGAUGCCGUCCUCCAGGCCGUCAUCAAACGGUCGCUCAUAGACAGUGGAUGCCCUUUGUCGAUCGUUAAUGACCUCAUCGAGAACGCCCACGAGCGUAACUGGCCCCAAGGCUUGGCCACGCUGGAGACACGGCAGAUGAACCGCCGAUAUUACGAAAACUAUGUGGCCAAGCGCAUUCCGGGUAAGCAGGCCGUGGUGGUGAUGGCCUGCGAGAAUCAGCACAUGGGUGAAGAUAUGAUUCUGGAGCCGGGUUUGGUUAUGAUCUUCGCUCAUGGAGUUGAAGAGAUCUUAUAGUCUGUACAUAGGUGGGUCCAAAUGAUGAAGAGCAGAAAGGGGUUUACAAAAACUGAAUUAAUUCCCACCCUCCCCCAUCUAAAAAAUUCUUAAUUCAUCCCACUAAAAAUAUCAAGACCCCUUCAGCAGUCUUUACCUCAAAUUUUCUGGAAGGACGCAGGCAGAGAAAGCUCUCCGCUCAUUUGAGGACCUCCAGCAUUCCCGUUCUCUUUGCCUUAAUAGGACAUUUUUCAAAAAGUGGACCCUAAUGAUAAAAACCAACUUGAAACAUUAUCAGGGAAGAUGGUACAUGUAUGUUUAACAUUAACAUUGAAAUCGAAAGGAUUUGAAGUGAUGUCUAAUUUCCCCUUUAACAUUUAUUUCCCUCUUGAGAGCAAAUACAUGUCACUCGCAGCUUUCAGUGGUGUAAAAGACCAGUCAAUUCUUGUAAAUACAGAUGAUAAAGAAAUAUAGACAAAUAUGCUAUCUGUUCUUGUUCUAAUAGGGUAGACAUUUUUGCUUCAUCUCAGUUUGCUAUUUAGAGUAGUGUGUUUUAGCUACCAUGGAUCUCAAUGUUUUUAUUUUAAGAGAGCUAUGAUUAAAGUAUGCUAGAUAAAGAACUCUCUACUCUGUGUUUUGGAAAAACAAGAUGUCAUGAAUCUCGUUUUGUGAAGAUGUUUGUUUUUCUUGAGAGGAAAGAGUGAAGGAGAGGAUUUUAAUGAUGGAAAUCAACAGCUGAUAUUCUACACUGCUCUCUUGAGUUUUAUGUGCAACCAGACACUCUAAAUUUUCAAUUAAUUUUUUUCUCCAGAAACAAUAUUUUGUAUUAUUUUCUACUGGCAUCACUGGUUUUCUCACUAUUAUUAAUCCAAACCAGAAUGUUUUUUUUUUCUUUAAGACAGUCUUAAUGACCUCAAAGGUUUCUUCUAGGUGAUUUAGCGAAACCAUAAAUGAUGGAUGAAAUGUAUGAUGAAGUAUACACACAUUGUGAAAAAUGACCAACCUACAGCUGAUGUAAAAACAUAAUGUCUGCAGAUGCUCAACCAUAUCUGGACCUGUUUACUGUGGUUUACAUCCAAACCGUUUUUUUUUUUUUUUUUUUUUUUUUUAAAUCCAUCAUUUGCCACAGCACCUCUUGACGAAUUUUAAAGAAUAAAGAGAGAUGGGACGGUUGUAUGUUUGUGUAUAUUGUGCAAUUGGUUUAAGAAUUUAUUUUGCAUAUUUUACGUACCUUCAUUGUACAUAGUUGAUUUAAGAAUCAGUUUAAUUUGUGUUGUACGACAGUUGUCUCUGCAACCAAAGUGUUUUAUUGUGUUGAAUCCACAUUGUGCUUGCUCUUUUUUUUGUUGUCGUUUGUUAUUGCGUGGACACCGAAAAUGUAAGUUCAGCAAUUCUGAAAUGUAUCUUUGGAGCUAUUGUGUGUCACCUGCUUCAGUGUUACAUAGACCUGAAUGCUCAGUGCGUUGUUUACAGUAGCUUUUUUUUGCAAAUGUUGUUUAAUAAGAGCUGAAAACUAAGGACCCAGAAUGUUUUUAACUGCAAUAUUCAGCCGGGUCUGUGUGAAUUAGAGAAAAAUGUCUGUGAACUUUGCCUUAUCACACUUCAUUCGACACUUUACUGCAUGAUCGCUGUAUUAAUGUGUCACAUGGCUUCUCUGCACAUCAUCUCACAAUCGCACCCUGAAGCUGGAGAGAUUAAACAUGAUGACCCAGUGUAUUCCACUCCUUGGUUCUGAUGGAUCUGAUCACCUUCUGUUAGAAAGUGUCGUUCAUUAAGUAAAGGUUCACUUCAUUUUGUGCUCAGUUUAAUGAGACCGAUCCAUCUCUUAUUGGACAUGCAAGACUUUCUUGACUCUCAGGAUUUAUCAUCUGAUGUCAGGGAUGAAACAUUCAAAGAGCUCAUGUUUCCUGCUGCAGCAUUGUCCGUGGAUGUGGCAUUCUUCUGUUUGUUUGUUUUUGUCUUUCAUUCUUGCUUUUGUGCUGUGGGUUACUGAAAGAAUAUGAAUAAAUAUAAUUGAUUUUGCAAUAUGA